CGGGCGGGCGGCGAGGGGAGCCGCGUCGGUGCUGCGUGCUUUCCAGUGAUGGCCCAGAGAGGCUCGGGGAGAGUGCCGCCGCUGCAGCUGGUGUGAGUGCCAUGAGGGACGGCACUGCAAAGAAGCUCGUGGCAUGGGCGUGCCUAGGAGCCGGGACGGUGAUCUUAACAUGGACUAUCUUCACCAUGGGCAGCCCACGUUGGCUCCCCGUCUCCAUCUCUGCCUGGAUGAGGAGAAAACCAUUGCCAAGGACCCCUCCUGUCCCCUGCCUCCCCCUGGCCAUGAGGCAAAGGCUGGCCUCAGAACUCGCCUCGCUUAGCAGGGACAUUCUCGCGCAUGCAGACGAAGAUCCACAUAACAGCAAGUGGUCCGCCCAGCUGAACCUGAUCACCUCUGUCCUGGAUCCGCGCAUGGACCAGGAGGACCUCCGGCCGCCGUCCCUCGUCUGCCCCGAGGACUUCGACAGCACCACCUUCUCGGAGCUCAAGUGCAACUCCGCCCCGCCGCUCGCUCAGGUCCUGAGUGUGAUCCUUCCAGCCAGGGGGUGGGACGAGGACCGAGUGUCUCGCGUGGUGCACGGCCUCGGGAAGAAGCACGGCCUCACCGUCAUCCUCCUGCUGGGGAAGGACGACCCCGAGCCUCCCCGCAGCGAGAAGCUCCUGGUCCUGCGUCAGAAUCAGUCCCUGAGUAGUGGUGCGCUCCUCAACGAAGCCGUCUCCUGGGUGAAGACGUCCCACGUGCUGGUAGGACACGGCCUUGUGCACUUCUCCUGGGACUUCUCCCCGCUGACGAGGCUGCUCCGGGUGAUAGACCGCCUCCCAGCCGUGGGCGUCGCAGCGGGAGCCUACCGCGACGAGAGCGGCCGAUGGAAUCACGGCUGCCUCCAGAGAUCCAUCACGAACUACCACGCCACGUUCAUCCGCGGCUACCAGUACUCGGGGCAGGAGUGCAUGUACUGUGACGACGUCCUAGGACCCUUCCUGGCGCCGGCGAGCCUACUACGACGCCCCUCCUUCGGUAACACGCUGGACGGGCCGCUCCUGUAUCGAGACUGGUUCACGAGGCUCGGGCAGGAGGGCUUCCUGUAUCUCGUGUGUCCGGACGUGAUGUUCUUCGUCGAGACAGAACCUGUCAUGACGAGAGAGGACUGGAAAGCGUAUGCGACCAUGUGGGUUCUUCAGGGCGUUAGUGGAUUCGACAACAAAGAGUAUGAUUUUUCAUGCACAGAAGUCCAUAUAAAUUGUGCGAAUUUGCGAAAUAAGAUCGAUUAUUACCUGAUCCCACCAUGCUGCAGUGAUAUCCUCAUGAACGGCAUGGCCAUCACCAAUGGGUUUGCUGAGGUAACUGGCGUCGAGUACGAGAUGCAUCACGGGUCUCUCCUCGGAGCCGUCAAGUUGGGUUCUUACCUCCCGUGGGACUUCGACCACGACAUCUAUUUCGACUGCCGCGACAAGAGAGCGUGGAAGGCGAUGGGCACGUACCUGAAAAGGACCAAGUCCGGCUGCAGCUUGCGCUUCUCCUCGUCCAAGGUCCCCUACGUCAUCCAGUGCAGGACGUACUUCAUCGACAUGGUGUGCCGGAAGCCCCUCUCGCGCCACACUCUCCCCGACGUCUACCGGAACGUGAGUACGUGGGUCGAGUACGGGGGCUAUCGGGUCCCCGUCAUGGCCAACCCCGGGGCCGCCGCCAGAGAUCAGGCAGGGCCGAACAACCUGCGCCAUGCACAGCACUGGCGCGUGCCUGACCACCCCGACGCAGGAGCGUGGCGAGCCUGCCAGAACCCCUUCAAGCAAGCGUGUCUCGAUCGCCAUCCCGCUGAUGGGAGUCUCGCCUUCAGUUAUCCUCCUCGGUGUCUGCCCUAAUGGCUGUAAGAAACUCCAGAUGAUAUUCUUAUCCAAAGAUCUAUUUCUUAAAACUGUUUCUACUCAUUUUUAUUAUGUUGAGAAUGACACCUUUCAAUCAGUUUUGCGAAUCAUCUGAUCAGAUAAAUAUGGAUAUACCCUUACUGAAACCUAUAUCAAUAGUUAUAAGAGGACGAAAAAAAGUAUUAACGAAUUCAUGCAGUAUAUUUGAUAUGGUUAUGAAACUGUGUUUAAUUGCAUGAUUACAUACGGUUAUAAAUCUCACUCUAGUCAUAAUAUCCCGUCCAUUCCAUUUAGAAUGAUAUUUCUUAACAUAUCUCUCGUCUCUCUUCAAAAUUCGUCUUCCUUUACGUUAUUCCAAGAUCAUGGUCUCACCCAUUAACAUUUAAUUACAAGGACACGAAUAAAACUCUGCUUGUCACAGCCUUAAGAUAAAAAAAACAACAACUAAAUAACUAAAGAGGUUCCUUUACUCAAGGAAAGAUUGCGUCAUCUAAGUAUCAGGUUCAGCACUUAUCCCGUGCUUCAUGUCCUUUUCCCCUGACAUCACGCUCAUCACCUUUCGUGUCUGUACCUCAUAUCAUCAUCAUCUGCACCACAACUUUUCCGACUAGUCUACACCACUGGUUCCCAACCUUUUCACUAGAAAGGACCCCUGUUUUUUUUUUUUUUUUACAUCAAUUUUCUUUGCGGACCCGAAGAAAAUGUCUGAUUACAGUACUGCUUUUCUUUUUGAAACGAACAUCCCCUGAAUUUAUUUAUUUGUUGAAACACCAACGCAUUUUUUGUAUACAGUUAAUAAGUAACUAUCAGUAUCUAAAAGCAAUACUUCUACAGUAGCUUUAUCGUGUGCCAUAAUAUAAUUUACCCAGAAACUUCUCGAAAUGCUUAGCCGACGGACCCCAGUACUACCUUUGGGAAGCCGAAGGGGUCCGGGACCACUGGUUGGGAGCCGCUGGUCUGCACUGUGAAACUAUAGUAUUUUUCUCUCUGAUAGAUUAUUAAUACUUGAAUGCUAAAGCCGUCACCAGCUGUUUACAUCAGUGCUAUAUAUUUUUCCAAACAUUAUCUAUAUCUAUCUAAUAUCUUUAGAAUAAUGUAUGCUUGGGUACACACGACAAUGUCUAUCCAGUGUUCUGUAGUUUGGAUAUUUACGUAUAUAUGUAUUUAUGUUAUCAAAAAACAUCAACUUUUAUUAUAGAUUUUCUCUACAUUAUGUACAACUGAUGACUAAAAAUUUUUUUUCUCUGUGAUCAAUGUCCCUCAUAAUAUUUAUGAUAAUGU